AUGACUCCUGGUUAUCUCAAAUUAAACUUAUCAAUCACAAAAUGUGAUGGAAAUUGCGAAAUCGAGCUUAUAGUUUUUGAAGAAGUCAGAAGAAAUCAAGUAUUCUUCGAAGCAGACAAUUACCAAGCUGUUUGUUGCAGUCCAAAAUCCAACUGCUCAAACAGUAUUCACUAUAAUGAUCCGACACCAGUUAUUAGGCGACCAAUUGAAAUCAAAACGAUAUCAGAUGCUAAUGCAAUCGAAACAGAUAUAUUAUUAGAAAAAACUGUUACAUUAAAUCGCAUUGAUAUUUCAAGUUUUCGAAGUGCAGAUAUUGAAUUACCUUGGCGCGGAAUAUGGACAGUCAUGAUUGCAAAUUGUGGUCCAAAUGACGUAAACGUUGAUGGAAAUGCAACAAUGGCAAGAAGAAUCGGAUAUCUAGACGACAGAUUAAGAAACAAUCAUUAUAUUUCAAUACUUCAGAUUAUUGCUGGCAUUCUCUACUUCGCGAUCUUUAUGUUUACCAUAUGGAAUUCAGUUCCACGCUUUGAACGUGAGCAUUUCCUUGAAAUGAUCACAUGUGGCGUUUUUAUUUUCGAUGGAUUUAUUUCGUGGGCCUUCUUCUACAUAUUAAAUCGCGUUGUUGACGUUCAUUUUAUUAUUGUUUUCAUUUUUGUAAUUUUACAUUCACUUUGCAUGGUUGAAGUGUUCUAUACAUUAUUCUCGUCACUACAGCGUCCAGUAGAAAUUCCAAAAUUCAAGUUUUCCUUGAUUUCAAUUCCAAUUUCAAUUGCUCUUGCUUUCCAGAUGUACGGAUAUAUUAAUUUUGCACAAAGAACAACUGGUAGGUGGAUGUUUGGUUACGGGAAGUAUCCUGCUUUGUUAUUUAUUACACAAUCUUUUAUUCAUUUCUAUUUAUCAUUUUAUGCAUUCAAACAUAAGCCAAAUGAGUCUCUUGAUGGUGAAACAAGGCCAAGACUCGUUGGAUUGUUCUUUGGAUCAGCAUCUAUGUAUUUCAUAAUGAAUUUUUGUUUAUUCAUUAUGAGAUUGCGGUCUAACGUCAUCUCCACAAGAAAGAGCGAAUGGGUGCCAUGGACAAUCACUCCUUUAAUUCUGUUCUUCUUAAUCGCGAUCAACGGUUGGUUCGUUUCUAAUACUAAUAACGAAGGUUGGGUAGCAUUGGACUCUGGUCCGAACGGUUAUGAACAGAACGACGACCAAGGAAUCGCUCCUGACGCAGAUGACACUCCAUUUGACUAA